UAGAUAAAAGGUCAUUCAUGUUCGCGGUCGCAGUCGCCCAAAUACCCAUUGUGGUAAAAUCCCGGCUCGCGCAUGACAUUUUGUCACUAACGAGACUUCAACCAGCGACCUCCCAUAAAGAAAGUCACCGGGUACCACUAGAGCAUUAGCCCUUUGUUGAUUUUGUCUAUAUAUGUAUACAUGUUCAAGUCUAGCACUCCAUUCAUGCACACUAAGGGUAACUUAUUAACGCUCUUAAUCAUAUAUUAAAGCAUGUCUAUAUCUUCAUCUGUUUCAGCCCUUAAUGAAAGUUUUAAGCAAAACCUUGUUCGCAACACGGUGAACUUCAGUCCUAGUAUAUGGGGAGAUCAAUUUCUCAUAUAUAAUGAGAGAAAGGAUAUUGCUUGUGAGGAGCAACUGGCUAGGGAACUAAAAGAGAAAGUGCGGAAAGAGCUCCUGGUCGAAGGAUCAACAGGACCUACACAGCAUAUGAAGUUACUAGAACUUAUCGAUGUGGUCCAACGUCUUGGUGUAGCAUAUCAUUUUGAAGAUGAAAUUGAGGAAUGUUUAAAGCAUAUUUAUGUUACCUAUGGGGCUAUAUGGAUCAACAAGAAUAACCUCGAAAGCACUUCACUGUGGUUCAGACUCCUACGACAACAAGGCUUCAAUGUUUCAAGUGGAAUAUUCUACAAGUACAAGAACGAAAAUGGUAAUUUUCUGGAGUCCUUGAGAGACGAUAUUCAUGGUAUGCUUUCUUUGUAUGAAGCAACGUACAUGAGGGUGGAAGGUGAAGAAGUUCUAGACGAGGCCCUUGAGUUUACAAAAUACCAUCUUGGAAAUAUAAUCCAGAAACACAUUUGUAGUAACGGCGCUUUUCUUGAAACUCAAAUAUAUCAAGCGCUACGACAACCGCUUCGAAAAAGAUUGCCACGGCUAGAGGCAUUGCGUUACAUACCAAUCUACCAACAACAAGAUUCCCGUAAUGACGACUUACUAACACUUGCAAAGUUAGAUUUCAAUUUGCUCCAAGAAUUGCACCGAAAAGAGCUUAGCCAAAUUAGCAAAUGGUGGAAGAAUUUGGAUGUGAUGAACAAAGUACCUUAUGCUCGGGAUAGAAUAGUCGAAGGUUACUUUUGGAUAUUGGCGGUCUACUUCGAGCCUCAACAUUCUGAAUCAAGGAUUUUUCUGAUGAAAAUUUGCAAUCUACUAGUCAUUUUGGAUGAUACAUACGAUAAUUAUGGUACUUAUGAAGAACUCCAGAUCUUUACUAAAGCUAUUCAAAAAUGGUCGAUAAGUUGCAUGGAUAUGCUUCCUGAAUACAUGAAACUCAUAUAUCAAGAAAUUCUCAAUGUUUACAAAGAAGCUGAAGAUUUGCUAGAGAAGAAGGGAAAUACAUAUCGUUUAUGUUAUACAAAAGAGAUGGUUAAAGAGUACACUCAAAAUCUCUUGAUUGAAGCUAAAUGGGUAAACGAGAGGUAUAUCCCAACCUUUGAAGAAUAUAUGUCCGUUGCCAUAGUAUCUGUUGGCUACCCGUUGUUGAUCAUGUUGUCUUAUGUUCACCGGGAUGAUUUGGUUACCGAGGAUACAUUUAAAUGGUUGUCUAACUAUCCUCCUAUUGUCAAAGCUUCAUCUUUGAUUUUUAGACUCAUGGAUGAUACUGCCAUGCGUAAGGACGAACGAGAAAGAAACCAUGUAGCUUCGAGUGUCGAAUGCUACAUGAAGGAACACGAGGUCUCAAAGGAGCACACACAUGAGUUAUUCUCAAAGCUAAUCGAAGAUAAUUGGAAAGUUAUUAAUAAGGAGUCUCUAAGGCCUACACACAUACCCGAACCUUUACUUAUGUCUCCUAUCAAUUUUGUACGUGUUUGUGAAAUCCUUUAUACAGGUGGUGACAAUUAUACUCAUGCCGGGAAAGAAAUGAUUGGCUACAUUAAAUCACUUCUUGUUACUCCCAUAACUGUUUAAUAUAUAAUGCAUAUGUAAUAAUCAAAUCAUGCUUAGAAAAUGUUUAUGUGUAAGUUAUUAUACCGACUUGUGUUAUUAUUGUCGGAUAAGUUCGUGCACAUGUAGUAUUUGAUACAUAUGUAACAAAUAAGUAAUAAGUGUGGUUUGAGUUGUUAUUGUCGUAGAAGUUUAUUGAUCUAUAAUAUGUAACUAUUGUGAUUCCCCA